UCCCUGGAAUGGCUGGGAGGCCUGGCCUCGCCCUCUGGGCUUGGGUGGUCCUGUGUGUGGCGAAUGGGCGGGAGACCUCGGGGACGCCCCACCGCCCCUUCAUGGUCGUGUGGAAUGUGCCUUCAGCCCAGUGCCAGACCCGCUUCGGGACGCCUCUGCCCCUGGCAUCCUUUGGCAUCCUGAGUAACCGGGCCCAGCGCUUCCGGGGUCAGAAUGUCUCCAUCUUCUACAAGAACCAGUUUGGGCUGUACCCCUACCUGGCACCCUCGGGGUCUCAGCAGAACGGAGGCAUCCCCCAGGCCGCCCCCCUGAACCGACACCUGGCACGGGCAGCGAGGCAGAUCUGCCAGCUGCUGCGUGGGGAUUUUGAAGGCCUGGCCGUGGUGGACUGGGAGGAGUGGCGCCCCCUGUGGAGUCGCAACUGGGGACCCAAGAGGAUUUAUCGGGAGGCCUCCCUGGCCUGGCUGCAGCAGAAGUGUCCGUGGCUCUCCCCAAGCCAGCGGCUCCGCGUGGCCCAGGCCAGUUUUGAGCAGGCAGCCCGGGCGUUCAUGGAGGACACGCUGCGGCUGGGACGGGCGCUGCGGCCCCGUGGGCUCUGGGGCUUCUACAGCUUCCCCCGCUGCUUCAACCCCUGGCAAGCCGGGCGCAACUACACGGGACACUGUCACCCCACCGACAGGCCCCGCAACGAUCGUCUGCGUUGGCUCUGGGAGGCCUCCAGUGCCCUCUACCCCAGCAUCUACCUCCCCCCGGGCCUGCCCGCGGCCCAGCGCCAGCGCUACGUUGGGCACCGGCUGGGAGAGGCCUUCCGGGUAGCUCAGUUUGGGCGCCCGAGCCCCCUGCCCGUGCUGGCUUACGCUCGCCUCUCCCACCAUAGCUCUGGCCGCUUCCUGUCCCAGGAUGAUCUAGUUCAGACCAUUGGCGUGAGUGUGGCGUUGGGGGCUGCUGGCGUGGUGGUCUGGGGAGAUCUCUCCUUUUCCAGCUCAGCUGAGCAGUGUGGGCGCCUCCGGGAUUACGUGAUGGGUACACUGGGCCCCUAUGCGCUCAAUGUGACCAGGGCUGCCCGCGCCUGCAGCCGUCAACUCUGCCAUGCCCACGGGCGCUGUGCCAGACAGGAGCCAGGGCACCUUGGCACCUUCCUCCAUUUACAGCCUGGGGCAGAGAGUGCUUCCUUAGGUGGUAAAGAGAACUGGGCAUCCUUUCACUGCCACUGCUACCAUGGCUGGAUGGGCAAGGCUUGUGAAAUGCCCAUCCGGGGCCCUGAGUGAGGGUCUUCUGGGGAGGGGGUCUGGGGCGGGAAUCAUUGCCAGUGCACCCCGGACACCCGAGGAUGGCACCUGGGCUUGGGACGGGGAUUCCCCAUCACUGCUCUGUAGGGAAAUUCAGGUUCCUUACCGGUAGCCUUUUGGGGUCGCUCUAUGUGUCACCUCCUGCCUACCCUUCUGGCACUGGGAGGCUCAGCUUCACUCAGGUUUGUCCUACCCUACCCCAAGACCCAACCGCUCCCCACUGAUACCCACCCCACUCACUUCCCAUCUCCCCUACAACCAAAGUUUUUUUUCUGUACGAAAAAGGUCCCAUAUUUCUGAAUGUCUGGGUCUGACUCAGGCAGUGGGAUCGGAAGAGGGGAUGUUAGUUCCACAGAUUGGGUAUGGGGAGCUCUGGACAUCUGUUUGGAGGUGGGAAACACCUUCCCCCGACCCCCGCAACCACCUUCAGCAUCUUCUCCUAUGCUAGAUGUUGCCUUUCCCUGCUGUUGACUUGACAUCUUUUGACUUUCCCUUUGAGAGGUUCCAGAACCUCCUAUUCAUUUCUCAGGGAAAAAAAAGGCUUGGCCAGCCCAGAAGGGAGAGACAAUCCCCCUGGGGACCUUGUACUUGUCACUCAGUGGACCUGAGGGAGAGUGACCCCCCCCACUCCUCCCCCUGAACUCUGGAUUGCCCAUCUGUCUGUUCCCUUGGGCGUCAGUAGCUACUUAUGCACAUAGGUGGGCGAUUUUAAGUAAAGAGCCAGUGGGUUCUGCUCCCUCACCAAGUAGCUGCCUUGGCCAGAAUAUGGGGCUCCCAGACUUCUCUUUUUUUUCCACUUAGGAGUUUCAAUCGCAUGAGCCACAUUGACUUGCUGAGAGACCCCAGUGCGAGGGCCAAUACCCUGUUCUUUGGGGGUAGUCGCCCUUGACCCACCUUGCAACCUUCCCUCUCUCCCCACCCCAGAAUGAGGUCAGGAGCAGAGGGCACUGCUGUGGUUUUAGUUUGGCUAGCUACGCUUCAGUCUGUACAGCUAUUCCUCACUUAAUGUGGUUAUAAUAGUGAUAAU